AGAAGUACACUGGUACUUUAAAGACCCCUCCAAAAGCAGACAGGCAAAGUUAACCUCGGCCAGACUUCAGCUGCGAGCACAUAGGACGCUCCAAAUACCACAAGGUUUUCAAUGAGGCGUUCUAUAGCUCCCAGCCAAACAGGAGCAGCGAAGAGGACAAGGUUUUUGACACCUUUUAAGGGGGAGAAUGAAGACCGAAAGAAUGUUCCCCUUUUCAACAGAGGUUUGAAUGUUCUGACAAACCCGGACACGGAUCAGAAUGGAGACUACAAAAAUGAUGAAAAUUCCUCGCAAAACAGUUCCUCGCCAGCUUCAAUUCCACGUACAUUUGCAUGUGCGAAAAGUAACCCAUCGAUCGCAUCGAGUCAGUCAACUGGGAAAACACAUUUGGCAGUAUACCAUUCCCCACUGGCUUUAUCGUCAGAAAACAAACAAGAUAAUGAAAGCAAUGUCCAGAAUGGAUCUAAUUCUGCAGCCUCUCCAUCUGUAGAGAAUUAUUACUCUGUAGUUUGGAGCAAACUCUCAAAGAAGAAGCACAAAAAAUGGGAAGGUGAUGCUGUAUUAGUGACCCAUGGACGUAAAGUUACCCUGUAUGAUAUGGAUGGGAAAGAGAUUGGUAAAAUGUCUGGUUAUAAGGAAUCCAUGCUCAGUUCUCUUGAAGAAGAUCACACUUUGACAGUUGGCGGCAAAGAAAUUUUGGUAAUGUCUCGUCUUCCAGAAGAAAGCUUUAAAUCAGGGAAGUGUUUCCUGCCUGGUGGAGGGGCACCGUCUUCUGCUCCAUCCAAAUCAAAAGAUGUUAUCUCCAGACCUUUUGUCAAUCCUCAAUUAAACACUGCUACAAACAAUAAUUCUUCUAAAUUUCAAAAGACUGCUGCUGAUCAAGUGGACACUUUGGCACCCAGACAUGAUCCUUUAGCCUUUAAUGCCCUUGUGAUGCCAAGACCAAGCCAGGACCAUCAGGUUUGUUGCAUUUGCUUCAGUUGCAGUAUUGUUUUAACAUCCGCUUUUCCAUAUUUGCAAACCCAAAGGGUGUGGCCAUACCAGGGCACUGUCAGUGUGUUUGUAGAUGACAUGGGGUUAGGGAAGACAUUGCAGUGUAUUGGGUUGUUGUGGACAUUGUAUAAACAGGGUCCCUAUGGCGGUAAACCAAUCUUACAACGAAUUCUUAUAGUAACACCAAGUAGUUUAGUCAAGAAUUGGUAUCAAGAAUUCAAGAAAUGGUUAGGGACGGAACGUAUUUCUGUAUUUACUGUUGAAGCUGACAAAAAAAUAGAGGAAUAUUUGUCAUGUCCUAAAUGUCCAGUGUUGAUCAUAUCGUAUGAGAUGUUCCUACGAAAUGUUAAGGAACUGGAAAAAGUGAGUUUUGACUUGAUCAUCUGUGAUGAGGGCCACCGCCUUAAGAACACAUCUAUUAAAACAUCAGCUUUGCUAAACAGUCUCCCUGUUCGCAGACGUCUUGUUUUGAGUGGGACACCGGUGCAGAAUGACUUACAAGAAUUCUUUGCCAUUGUAGAGUUUUGUAAUCCAGGAAUCUUGGGAACUUCUUCCUCGUUCCACAAAAUCUAUGAACUGCCUAUUAUUACAUCACGACAGCCGACAGCAAGCAAAGAUGACGUCAACCUUGGUAUGGAACGAGCGGCCGAACUGAAUCGGUUGACAAAAUUAUUCCUCUUACGUCGGUGUCAAGAUAUCAACAACAAAUAUCUCCCUCCAAAAGUCGAGCUGGUUGUAUUUUGCCGUCCGUCUAGUCUUCAGUUGACUUUGUACAGACAGAUUCUUACCUCGCAGAUGAUUCGACGGUUUCUGGCUGGUCAUUAUGAUGGUGCGUCUCAUUUAAUUAGUAUAGCAGCUCUCAAGAAACUGUGUAAUCAUCCAGCAUUGCUAUAUCAGUCACUGGUGUCAAAUGACAGUGAUGAAGACGAGGAAGGUAGCGUCUAUCAAGGUUUAGCAGCAUUCUACCCACAAGGUUAUUCUGUCAAAGACAAGUUACUGGAGCAUGGCAGCAAACUGAAUGUUCUGGCCGCGAUACUCAGUGGUGUAUUUGCAACCACACCCAGGGAAAAAGUUGUACUAAUUGCCAAUCAUACGAAGACAUUGGAUUUACUGUCUGAUUUCUGUGAAUCUCAAGGUUACAUUUGUUGUCGUCUUGAUGGACAAACACCCAGCAACAAUAGAUUGAAUAUCGUGAAACAAUUUAACACACAGAAUUCCAACCAUUUUAUUUUUCUAUUAAGUUUAAAAGCUGGAGGUGUUGGACUGAACCUAGUUGGGGCUUCACGUCUCAUUUUAUACGAUAUUGAUUGGAAUCCCGCUAACGACAUUCAGGCAAUGGCCCGUGUCUGGAGAGACGGUCAGAAGCGGAAGGUCCAUUUAUACAGACUUCUUACAACAGGAACCAUUGAAGAGAAAAUCUAUCAACGGCAGAUAAAUAAGCAAAGCCUUAGCGGAGCAGUAAUUGAGUGCCGUGAGAAGGGAAAGGUGAAAUUUUCCCUUGAAGAACUUCGUGAUCUUUUUACACUGAAUGAACAAACUCAAUGUGAUACACACGAUCUGUUGAAAUGUCCCUGUAGAACUGGUGGACAUGUUGAGGAAAUCCCUAACAAACUGACCCCAGUUCGACCAUGUCAACUUGGUGCUGUCCCAGAGACUGAUGUCAUGGGAAAGAAAAAUUUAACAAUGGAUGAGUUAAUGGACUGGAAACAUUUAUCUCCUGAUGAAUUUUCCUCUCACUUAGAAUGGCAUCUUCCUUCAGGACCAGCAGAAGAGAAUUAUGUUACCUUUGCAUUUUGGAGUGAGACCAAAAAUGUGUUUAUCACAGAAGACAAGAGCGUUCUUUAAAAGCACAAUGUUUAGAUGCAGUUGUUUAUUUAUUUUCUUCCAUUUUCUCACUAAAGUUAUUCAAAAUUCUUCAGUGAAAUUAUUUUUUCAUGUGUACAUAGCCAACAACAACAACCACCACCACCAUAUAUGGUAAUAAAUACCCUGCGUUAUUUCA